AUGAACGUUCCCGGUUAUUUAAAAAUUUCUGACUUGUUACGUCAAAAUGAAUGUCGAUUACAUAUUGCCUCAUUCUGUGAUGCAGAUGGAGCGAUAACUCCAGAAAAGUUAUGUACAAGCAUUUUUACAAUCUUAAGGUCAGGUAUGGAGGAUUCACAGAAGAGUUCCUUAAUUACCAUAAUUGAACCUAAAGAUAAAAGAAAAUCAGUAAAUGAUAGGAUGACGAAGCUGGAAGAAGAAGACUUGACCUCAGCAAAUAUUUUAGGGUUUAGUGUUUACAAAUUACUCGCCAUUCGGGAACAAGCAUUGCGUACCUCAAGAGAUAUUCCCGAAGAUAUUACUCCAUCUGAAAAUUAUAAAUACGUCUUUAGAAAUGCCCAGACAGGUAGCGUACUUUCCAUGUUUGGAACCAAAUAUCCUAUACUAGUUGGCACCAAACGUGAAGAAUUUUAUGCAAGUAAUUCAUCUUAUGAUCACAAAGAAAUUACCAUUCCGAUUAUUAGGCGAGCUCCACACAUUGAAAAUGAAAAACUAAUUAAUCUGAAUGAAACCGAUAAUCUUUGUAGGG